UAACGGUCACACUCGUAAUACCGCCAUUCUCCACGACAAUCAGCUGUGAAGCUGCGGCUGGUGGUUCACGCGACCACUGUUAUUUCAAAAUGCAUACACACGAGAUGGUUGAGUGAGGAUGAGACUGCCCAGCUCUGUCCUAGUGUCGGUCUCUUUGUUUACGGCCGAGACGACGGCUGCUCUCUAUCUGAGUAGCACUUAUCGUUCCGGUGGUGAUAAGAUUUGGCAGUGUUUUACGCUUCUGUUCACGCUUGUGCCAUCCGUGCUGGUGCAGCUCACAUUAAUAUUUAUCCACAGAGACCUGAGUAGAGACAGACCUCUGGUGCUUCUUCUUCAUAUAUUACAACUGGGGCCAAUAAUACGGUGCCUGGAUGCUUUCUGUAUCUAUGGCAGUGCUGGAAAGGUGGAGGAGCCGUAUGUCACCAUCACCCGUAAAAAGCAGAUGCCCAGAGAGGGACAGGCGGAUGAGGUGGAGCAAGAAGUUGGGCAGGCGGAUGGCAAGCUAGUAACCCACAGGGCGGCCUUCGCCAGAACCUCCGUCAUACAGGCCUUUCUGGGAUCUGCACCCCAGCUUACACUGCAGCUAUACAUAUGUGUACUGCAGAAAGGGGUUUCUAUUGGUAGAGGAACACUGAUGGUCAUUUCACUUCUCUCCAUCGUAUACGGAGCCCUUCGAUGCAACAUUCUGGCCAUUAAAAUACGCUACGACGAUUACGAAGUUUCUGUUCAUCCGCUGGCGUACCUGUGCGUCUUCCUGUGGCGAGGGUUCGAGAUUGCCACGCGCGUGACCGUGCUGGUGCUCUUCGGCUCCGUGUUGAGGGUGUGGAUCCUUCCGGUGGUGUCGGCCAACUUCAUCCUAUUCUUUCUGCACCCCUGGGUUCUCUUCUGGAGCAGCCGCUCUCCGUUUCCGGAGAACAUAGAGAAGACAUUGACUCGCGUGGGGACCACCAUUGUACUCUGCAUGCUCACCUUCCUGUACGCGGGAAUAAAUGUGUUUUGUUGGUCGGCUGUGCAGCUCAAACUGGACGACCCCGAUCUGAUCGAUAAGGGUCAGAGGUGGAGGCGGCUGGCGGUGUAUUACUCCCUUCGCUUUGUGGAGAACGCAGGGUUGAUUUUGAUGUGGUACAUCUACCGGACUGAGAUUUACCAAGGCGUGGACGCCCCAGUGUUGGAACUUCUGCUGAUGUUGAGUUAUGUCACCGCGUUGUUCUUUAUGAUGCUUUUUUACCAGUUUUGCCACCCUUGCAGGCAGUUAUUCUCAUCCAGCCCGGCCCAGGGUUUCUGCAAUUGCUGUGGGACCCUCUGCCUGCUUCGUGGGCCUCUUACUCAGUCGGGCUCCAUGAGGACCAAGUCCCUGUCAGAGUCACCGGGGAAAGACAUCGGAGACGACCAGCCCUGUGUUACUAAAGGGGACAUCAUUCAGAGUUUGUGCAUCUGAGGAUUAAAAUGAAGUGCCACUAGGGAUCAAAAGUGCUUUGAAUGCCUUGUUUCUUGGUUGUGGAAUGUAAGAUGCAACUUUUGCUGCGAUCAAGGAGAUGAAUAUACUUUUCUCCUGUAUGGGCAAAUGAGCCAGCAUGAUCCAUAAAAGUGCAUGUGAAAAACCUUAACAAAAUGAAAUUGCUGCUUUUGUCAUGUGAUGCGGAGAUGCGUUCCUCCAUGUUUAGUGUGUGUGUGUAAUUAUUUGUUACAAUUUAUAGCAUCUACAUUCACUCGAAGCACUGAUUUACUUAAAAGUUUGUAUUGGUAUUGUUUUAAGCUUUUGGCCUUGAUUUUCCUUCACUUUAAAAGGGCAUUGCUUUAAAAUUGUUUUCAAAAGCACUCAGGUUCAUUUUUAAUGCCAUUUUCUAGCUUGUUUUACAGCAAAUCUCUUUAUACAGUGAAAGAGUCGUGUCAUAUAACACAAACUUAUGGGAAUUAAGCAUAUUAAAAGUAAACGAAAGAAUUUGCUUGAAAAUGCUUUAAAAAUAUGUGACCCUGGACCAUAAUCAGUACUAAGUAGCAUGGGUAUAUUUGUAGCAAUAGCUAAAAUACAUUGUAUGGGUCAAAAUUAUAGUUUUUUAUGCAAAAAAUCUGAAUAUUAAGUAAAGAUCAUGUUCCAUAAAGAUAUAUUGAUAAUAUAAUGUAUUUAUCAUUAGUAAUAUGUUGUGAUCAGGGCCCGGUUGCAUAAAGCACCUUAAGUUUUUUCCUUAAGUAUGACACUUAAGGGGUAAAUUCCCCUUAACUUCUGUAAGAUAAUAAUUAAAGAGUUUUGCAUAUAAUUCCUUAAACGGUUCUCUUAGGUAAGGGUAAUCUUUAAGUGUUUCAAGACAGUGACCC